GAAGCACCUCUGAAAAGUUUGAAAUCCCUACCGUGAUUCUCCUGUCGCGCCAACCUCCGGCUGUCACUGAGAUUAUCGGAUUCUCCCUUUCCCUUCUCUGUUCGGCUUGUUCUGGUGACUUGGGAGAGGGCUGAUCUUCGUCUCUCACUUCGUGUUCUGCUGUGCGUCAGAUGUGUUCUCUUGCAGUUGCAUCUUCAUCUUUUGUUACUUCUUCGGCUCUGUAAACUGCUAUUGAGUGGAGGUUCAGUUCGAAACUCCUCUCCUUUCUUGGUCUUACGUAGCCGUCUUGUGUGUGGUGCAUUUUACAAGCCUUCAACUACUAUUUUGGUCUAGUUUGGCAUAUUGACUAUUGAUGCUGCAAUGUCCACAACCAAGACUCGAGUUAGUAGCUUUUCUCGCAAUGUUCCUAAUGUAACAUCUUCUCAGAAUCCUGGACUUAAGCAUGGCCCUAAUGGAACGACUUUUAUGUCAUCUGGGAUUUCGGAUUUAGACAAAAUUUUGGGUGGUGGCUUUUCUCUGGGUAGCCUUGUCAUGGUGUUGGAAGAUGCUGAAGCACCUCAUCAUAUGCUUGUAUUGAGAAAUUUUAUGUCACAGGGACUGGUCCACAAGCAACCCCUCUUGUAUGCCAGUCCAUCUAGAGAUCCUAGAGGAUUUCUGGGUACUUUGCCUAAUCCAAGGUCAUUUGAAGAUGAAAAAUCUCGUGACCCUGAUCCUAAUCACGAUAACAAUUUGAGAAUUGCUUGGCAAUACAAGAAGUAUUUUGGUGAGCCACUGCCAAAUAUUAGCUCUAGCAAUGGUGCCAGGCAUGAUUAUUGUUAUGACUUAGAUUUGCGGAAGCCUCUGGAAAGGCAAUUUUUUAGUGGCGUCCAUGUAGAUUGUGUCAGUAUCAAAGAUUUGACGAAUCUUACUCUCCUUCAAGACCAAUGCGCAACAUUCUUAGCUCAAUUCUCAAGAAAUGAAAGUAACAUUUCCUCAGCUGGUCGGAUUGCUAUUCAAUCAUUCUGUUCUCCCCAAUGUAAAUAUUCAGACAAGGAAUGGCAGAUGCUGUCCUUUAUUAGGUCUCUGAAAUGCAUGACCCGAUCUUCAAAUGCUGUUGUUGUUGUAACCUUUCCGCCUUCACUUCUUUCUCCAUCAUGCUCAAAACGAUUGCAACAUAUGGCAGAUACCCUGCUAUCAGUUCGGGCAAUUCCAGAUGAGGACAAGGAAAUGGCACAACUCCUUACUGGUUACCAGGACAUGGUUGGGCUUUUAAAUGUACACAAAGUUGCACGCAUUAAUACGCAGGUUCCUCUAAUACUUGAAGCCACCACAUUCUCAAUAAAAUUGCAAAAACGAAGGUUUUUGGUUUUAGAAUGUCUAAACCAAGCUCCUGUUGAUGGUUCAAGUGGGAAUUCAUACGGCACAUCUGGUGGUUGUUCUGGGUCAGCUAAAGCUGGACCUCUGGACUUUUAGAUGAGGCCUCUUUUUAUUGCAUUCAUGCCUGCAAGAGUAUAUUUGCAAGUUGGUGUGAAGUACCAACAUCUACAAAUUGAAGUCUUGUUGUAUCCUAUUAUAUACUGGCGGGAGAUAAUAUAACACUUUUUACUGCCAUAACAGGGGGAGUAUUCAAAGCGAAAUUUGAAAA